GUCGACUGGCAGAAUAAUCACCGUGAGGAGACUACAGCUCAUGUGCGCUCGUGGCUUUCCAAUAAGUCUUGCAUCUUUCAAUACAAUGCCUCGGACUCGGGUGCCCUGAUGACAGAAUUGCAUGGUCGCAUGGCACACCUUUUGCGCAAUGCGGGAUUGGACAAGACUGGUGUGGUGACGGUAGCCCUGCUGAACUGGAGUGCACCAUCUACCCAGACAGAUGCAGCACAGGAAGCUCAGGCUAUUAGCUUUUGCCAGCUUGUGUCCGGCAGCGCUUCAAACCUCGGGUUGCUCCUUUGCCCGGUCUUCCACUACAAGAAGAAUCAGAUGCAUGUUCUGGAGCACACCUUGGUGAAGUGCCUUGCGUCCAAAGGAGUAGAUGUGGACCAUCAGGCUUCUCUCUUGUUCAAAGAGCGCAAAGACAGCCGUGAUACCAGGCCUUUGCAAUACCCCCUGAGGGUGGUGCGGCCUUUGGCUGCCACAGCGGUUGAUGAUGAGGGAGAAAAAGUCUCCAAAAAGAAUCUUCCGGGCUCCCACUGGCUUGCUGCUCCCUUGCUCAGUAAAGGCCGGACCGAAGAGGCGGACCAGGUGGCGGCUACAAAGCUGAAACAGGUAGAAGAUCUCAAUGAAACCGCGGUGCCUGCGACAACGGACAUUUCAGGGUCCAUUCAGGGAGGCCGCCGCUUCGAGCAGAUUGGUGCGUCAGCAGCACAGAAGCUCUUGGAGAGCGUCUUGCAUGUAGACAUGCCGGCGAAGGUGACUGGGGUUUGCAUCGUGGAUUUGACGGUGGGUGUUGGUGACACCUUCUGGGCUUGGUUGGAGAGGCAAAAAGCAAUGAAGCUACCUCUUCUCUACAUCGGUGCAACGGAUUCUCCAACAGCAUGUGAAUGGCUCAACCAUGUCCACCUGGAUGAGAUUGUGCAGAAGGUCUUGAAUGGCGACAUCUCAUUGCCAGGUUUGAGUGUCAAACCUGCCGACCCACCUCAAGAAGUCCUUGCUUCGGCGCCAGAUGCUCCGCAGCUAAAUUUGUGCAGUAUGGCAGGAGGCUCACUGACAGUUCCGGAUGCAACUGUGAAGCUUUGGUCGCCCCACGACUCCUUUGGGGAAUCUUUCCAAGCUCUGAUGAAAGAGAUUGUCGACGAGUUUGGAGAGCCCAUCAUUGCCGAAGCGACCACAAACAAGGUGAAGUCCGACGACCCUGGUCCAAGCCCGCCAAAGAAGCUACGUGUGACACCGCCAUUGCAGCUGCAAGCAUGUGACAGCCUCCCGGCCAACCACUUGGCACAGUCAGCAGUCAGUGGUCUCAAGAAAGACAUGCAAGGCAAGAUUGUGCUCCGCAUUGCGUUGGACUCGACAAUGUGGGUUUUGAACAAUAGUUCCUCGGUCCAAACUUUGCCGCCUGGCACUAUCCUGGCUUCUUUUGGCGCAGGAAUCUUCAAACACGUCCCACGGCUGCCAGAAGGAAAGGCUGGGCCUGCCGACCCGCAGACGGUGCUCUUUGAUUUGGUGGGGUCGCAGAGCCAUGUCUUUCACAACUCCAAAAUGAUGACUUUGCAGGAAGUCGUGAUGUCAGCGCAGAAGACACGAAGCUCCGCAGAGGUAUGCUACCAUGAAGUCACUGCAUCUCCCACAGCUGAAGAUGCUGCAGCCUUCAGCCUGACGAGAAAACACGAUGUGUACUACAAGCCCAACCCUCGUGCGACAGCAACGCCUGAGGAGAAUGGCAAUGAAGUCAAAGGAACUGGUUCCAUGGCUGGCCUGAUCCCUGUGUCAAAACUGAGCUUUGAAGAGCGAGGCCUCUGUGCAAUUCUUUGGACUUGCAAAUGGGUCACCAAAGGCCUGACACCUGUCAAGCCGCAUGUUGCCACUGUGGUGUCUGUGGAAUUGCCUCCCAACACGGCGGCUAAGCUGUCGUGA